AUGCACACCAAGACGCCAUCAGUGACCUGCAUGGUCCUCACAUUCCUCACCUUCUCUUCUCUCACCCUCGCAUAUCCUGUAUCUACAUCGAAGAAGGACGUUGUAUCGAGAGCGGUGAGUUCGAGAUCUCCUGACCCGCUGACUCUCUCGCCACAGCGAAUGAUCCCUCAAGCCGAUACCCCGGACGACGAGAACAGUGAUCUUAUCGACACCCUUUUUGACUCUAUCGGACUUCAUGACUUGACGAAGCUCAACCACUGGAAGUCGGACAAUGAGCCUGAUAAGUCUGAUCAGCCUGAUGUCAUUGAUGACAGCAACAGCCCUACAAAGACCGUGACCAGCCAAAACAACGAUGUCGAUCAAGAUGAUGACAAGGCGACGGAUAAUGGGAAGGAUAGCAAUAAGGUUGCAGAUGACUCGACCUCCCAAGAUUACGAGAAAUACUCUGACAACAGUAAGAACAGUAAGGGUAACACCCUUCCGAACCCUGCAUCGGACGCUUCAGGGUUCGCGAAGGCCUUGAUGCAGAAGAUACAGGACGCUGUCAAGGAUGCUCUAGAUAGCAGCGACGAGCACACGCUUCACUGAGAGAUGCUGAGAGUAUACUUUCUAUCUCUGUUGUCUCAACUCUUUUGGGAUUGUAAUGUUUGGUUGGCGGGUGUUUUGUUUGUCUCGACGUCUCUCCUAUACUUCUGUUUUUGUGAAAAAGUAUUCAGCGGCGUGUCAC